AUGUUAAACAACAAUUACUAAAGCAAAAUUUUCUUAUAACCAAAACCAAAUGAUUUUAGCAUUUUUGAUGAUUUUGUGUAAAAAGCAAGAAAAAUUUGUCGAUCUUCAUAAAAAUCAGUUUCUAAAUAUAAGGAGAGUUCGCUUAGUAUAUCAAAAUAACUAAAAACUGAGAUGAAUUACGAUACAAUAGAAACAAUAAGAAAAUCAGUCUAAAGCCCUUAAGUUAAAAUGGAUUCAUAUUUGGAUUAGUAAAUGCAUAUCUCUCCUUUUCGAUUUUAAUUACCAUUAAGAUUAGAAAAAACUUAACAUUUUAUGUCAGAAAAAAAAAGAAUACCUGCUUGUCUAACUUCAAGGAAACUUAAAUCUAAUUUAGAUGGCUAAAUCCAUAAAUCUAUAUAACUUUCUCAAUUUAGAACUAUUUAAUAAUAAAAAUCAGAAACUCCAAAUCCUAAUUAGUAACAAUAGACUAAAUUUUUAAUAACAUAAUAUUUUUUAUCUAAACCUCUAGUUUGCAUAAAAUCAAAUAAAAAGAAAAAAUAAAAACCCAUUUAAAUAGAAAUAUAGUGA